AUGCGGCUGUGCGACAAGAAGCUCACGGCGGCGCGGCGGCGCUGCGCGGUGCUGCUCGGCUCCCUGCUGCUGGCCGCCACCGUGGCGCUGCGCGGAAUCGCCCUACCCUGCCGCGACGCCCAGCCGCGCUGCCGGGAGCGCCUGUACGGGGCGCUGCGGCUGGAGCCCCGCUGGAAGCUCGACUGCGCGGGGGUGGUCCGCGGGGACGAGGAGGCGGUGCGGGACGCCCUGGUGAGCAACCUGGAGGUGAGGAACAAAAGGCAACCCCUGAGCCCCGAGGACUACCUGAACAUGACGAAGGACUGCCGCAGCUUCAAGGAGGGCCGGCGCUACAUCGAGUUCCCGCUGAGCGAGGAGGAAGCCGACUUCCCUAUUGCCUACUCCAUGGUCAUCCACCACAAGAUCGAGAUGUUCGAGCGGCUCCUGCGCUCUCUCUACGCGCCACAGAACGUGUACUGCGUCCACGUGGACGGCAAGGCUCCCGCCGCCUUCCAGCAAGCCGUGCGGGCCAUCGCCGCCUGCUUUCCCAACGUCUUCGUGGCCAGCCGCCUGGAGAGCGUGGUGUACGCCUCCUGGUCCCGGCUGCAGGCCGACCUCAACUGCAUGCAGGACCUGCUGCGGAGCCCCGUGCCCUGGCGCUACAUCCUCACCACGUGCGGCACCGACUUCCCCAUCAAGACCAACGCGGAGAUUGUCCGCGCGCUGCGGGUGCUGCAGGGGCAGAACAGCAUGGAGUCGGAGAAGCCGACGGCCUACAAGCAGGAGCGCUGGAAGUACCAGCACCUCGUGAAGACCUCCAUCUCCCGCACGGCCACGGAGAAGUCGCCGUCGCCGCUGCCCUCGCCGAUGUUCACGGGCAGCGCCUACAUCGCGGCCACGCGGGCCUUCGUGCGGCACGUGCUGGAGGACCCCGCGGCGCGGCGCUUCCUCGACUGGGCCAAGGACACCUACAGCCCCGACGAGCACGUGUGGGCCACGCUGAACCGCGCGCCCGGCGUGCCCGGCGCCGUGCCGUACAGCGACAAGUUCCAGACGUCCGACAUGAACGCGCUGCCCCGCCUGGUCAAGUGGCAGUACCUGGACGGCGACACGAGCCGCGGAGCGCCCUACCCGCCCUGCACCGGCCGCUUCCAGCGCGGCGUCUGCGUCUACGGGGCCGGGGACGUGGCCUGGAUGCUGCGGCAGCGCCAACUCCUGGCCAACAAGUUCGACCCAGAAGUAGACGAUGCGGCCAUCCAGUGUCUCGAGAGCCACCUGCGCCGUAAGGCGCUCCUCGGCCGGGGGCUGUGAGCGGACCGCGGGCGGGGAUCCUUCCGCGACCCCCGAGGCGAAGGGUCGGCGCGCUCCGAGCGCGGGAGCGGCGGUGCUGUGGGGCGGAGGGGCCGGGACUCCGCCCGCCGCUGCUGGCUCCACACAGAGGCGGCCCCAGAGUUCUCCGGCGGCCGUCGUAAGCGGACGAGCGCGGUGUUUUUCCACUCCGCGUGCUGUCUGCUCGCAGAAGUGACGCCGAAGGUUCGCUGUUAGGUCACGAGACGAGCUGAGGCGACGCAAUUAAUCGGACCGCCCGGCUGAACAUCGGCUGCUGCUCCUGUUUCGGGCGCUCGGGAGCCCUCUGACUGCUGGCCGUAGCAAAUGUGCCGCAAGAGACAGCUCCUGCGUGCUCCGUGCCCUGUACUCACCUGAGGAAAGCUGGCUGUGCCCUCCAGCCCUUCUGCACCUGCAGCACAGGCACAGGACAUCUGUGUGGAGAGUAGUGCACAGGCCUACCUUGUCUGCCUCCUUCCUGCCUUUUUCCUCCACCCAGAGAUUAGUUUUAUGCGGAGUGCUCUCCACAGUGUAACUGCCACAUCCAGGGGUGUGCUGGGCCUUAAGAAGAACAAAAACAUCCAGUGCAUUCUUUUUUUUACUUGAAGUUACUAUGAGCUAGUUACUGAAGUUACUGUAAGUAGGAAAAGUUGGUCAACUUUUGUAUCUCACCCACAGGUGCUUCACCCAGCUCUCCUUAAGGCCAGCUCCUUCCACACACCCAGCACAUCCUCACAGAGAGGCUGAGAGUUUAAUUCAGUUGCCUCUGUGCUGGUAGCAUUUUUUCCUUAAGAUUUUCUAAUCAGUGAACACUUUCAUCUUUAUAAAUUCAGAGUCUCAUGUGGGGAAUGACCAUCAGCCAAAGAACAUCAUCUAAAUGUAGCGAGCUGCUGAUUUCAGAAGUUCAAUUAUGACGGAAGCCACGCAGUUCUUGGAAACACUGAUUUAAGAAAGAAGUGAUUAAAUGACUGACUUAACAAGGUGUGCUGCUGUAAUUUUGUUGGACAUUUUAAAAUGAAAUGAUAAAUGCUGAUUUUUGAAAUGGCGCAGUGAAGUAGCAGUGAUUGCUGUAGGCAAAAAAGGCAAGACAAGCUGUCAAAUUAACACUGAAUCCAUCACUGGACAUUUAUUUAUCAUUCCCAACUUCACCCCCCCCCUUUCCCCCAAAAGUGAAUAAAGCAGUAGGGUUGAUGAGUCCAUUGGGAAAUGGUUUCCAAGUACUGUAAAUAGAAAUCUGCUCCUAUGGAGAGUAAAGUUUCUGUUAGUAACAUGUAAAACUUAAAAUGGCUUCAGCAGCCAAAUCUGCAUUACAUAGCAAACAUAGCCAUGUGUAGUAUGUUCACUUAGAACAUCUGCGCUGAGCCGGAGCAAGAACUCACAUUUCCCAGCAUAGAAGACUGCAUUCAAACUGUAGCUGCCUUCUCUGAUUUUGCAUGUUGUAGUUCAUUCAUUCACUGCAGAUUAAUAAACAUUAGCCCAAAGUGGUGAACUGCUGUCAGCGGUUCACUGGCAGAACUGGGAUAGAUUCAAGUUUGGCUGAUGUUUUUCCAGCCAUGUGAAGAAUUCUCUGAGCGCCUACAGAGAGUAAAGAUGCUCUUGGGGCAGGGGGGAAACCUCAGCCUAAAACAGUGAAAGAUUCCCAGAGGGACCUCUCUGUUGUUUAGUAAGUGUAUCUCUAAAGAAAGAUUUGUACUUACAGGUUGCUUACAGAUUUAUCACAGUAAUUUCUGUCUCUGUCCUGUAGAUACGUGCAACUUUUAAAGUUGUUUCUUCUCCCAGAAAUACAAAGCGUUGCUUAUACAGAAUAAGUAUCAGCAAAGGUUUUAUCUGUGACUGACAGAGAGCCACAAACAAACAAACAAGCAAUCAAAUGGAGACAGAGCAACAAGCACAUAGAUCUGAAAACUACUAAAAAGCCACUUUGAAUCAGUUUCACGUAGGUCUCGGCAGAGUCAAACCUAACUUCUCUUUGAAUAUUACAUAUUGCAAUCUGUGCUCUUCCUGGUUAAAACAUAGCAUUUGUCCAUACUGGAAAAAGCUUGCCUAUUGAAUAGGAAUUGAAUUUCCCCCUUCUUGGGGAACUAGGUUAACUACAAACACAAAGGUUUUUUUUGCUGCAAAUAUAUGCCUGUUACAUCACAAAAGCAGCAUCUUAUAGAGUGACAAAUAUGAAAAUAAUUACAUCAAGAUGUUUUUGAAGUAUACUUAGUCCUUAAAUAGAGACCAUCUGCCCAAUUCACCAAGUGUUCUUUUUAAUCUGUCUACCUUGGACAGUUGGUUCUUGAUAAGUUCUAACUCUUAACUAUUUUGGUUGAGAA